AUGCACCAGCGAAUCGCCACCGUCGAAACCGGGGUUGGGGCCUUGGGUCAGAGGUUUGGUGGUAUCGAGCAACGGCUGGACCACAUGUUGGGCGUGUUCGAGAGGUUUGCCGGAGGGGCGGCGGCGGCUGCACCAACCUUUGCCCCUUCGUUCCCCGCCGCUCCUGCGUUCUCCGCCGCUCCUGCUCCUGCGUUCCCCGCCGCUCCUGCUCCUGUGUUCCCCGCCCCCAUGGGGACGGGGAAGUAUUCCAACCGUAGGGGAUCUACGCCUCCGGCACCGACCCCAGCUGCCGCCGCGGCGGCAGUUUCGGGCGCUUCUUCUCGUCCCGCCGCGGACGAGGUUGACGGCCCGGGCGAAGGACUUGGACCUGCGGCCCGGACGAAUGCGCACCGAGAGGUUGGAGGGGUGUCGGGACAGGCACCAGCCGGACGGCGAAUCCGCAGUGACGACGUCCGCCUUCCGAGUUUAUCGGGUCGCGGGGCGUCGUCAUCCUCCGCUGCACCCCUGGGAGCUCGUCCGUCUGGCGGGUUAGCUUCGAGGCCCCUAUGGAAGCCUUGACGAAGAUGCUGUCGCGACCGUGGUAGUGGAAUGCGGGUCGGGUCUGCGCCAUUUUGCCUUCGCCGUCAAGGGCGCAGCUCCCGCGCUUCCAUGGUUUGUUGCGUACGGCGGCGGGAUUGAUUGCGGAUUGUCGUGUCCAAGUAUGUGUGUGUGUUUUUUUUUCUUCGUGUCGUCGUGUGCCGUUCUUUUGUUCUCCAUGCCUCAAGUAAUCGUUGUCGGCGAGAAGGUGUCGCAUGGACUGACGGUUUUUUUCUCUUUUUUUUUCAGCGACCACCCUCCAAUAUACCUGCUAUCGACACCACCUGUCGCGGGCGCCGGAUGCGCUGGAAAAUGUCGUAUUCGGGCGCGUUUUUUUUUUGUUCUUUUCUUCCGUGUGACAUUUUUUUUUUUCUUGUCCAGGUCGGUGAAAAGUGUUGGACUCGGGCGACAAUUUUUUUUGAAUUAUUUUGUUUCCGAUUAUUGUUGUGCCCAACUCUCGGGAAACUUUUCGUUUCUUUUCUUUUCAUUUCUUUCGAUGCAUGAUGAGACGAUGCAGAGGGUUUCUACUAUCCGAUGCACGUCACUCUCCCCAUCCCUUGCGUGUUUGUAUCUCUAUUGCGUUUUGAUGUGUUCAUCUGGCUACAUUGUUGGUGUCACUUCAACCAACAAAAAGUUCCUUGCACAUCCUCGCCAGGGGUUGGUGCGCCCGGGCGUUUUUGUAUUAUUGCUGCACAAGGAAGGGCUGUUACGAUUCACGUGUCGUUUGGCGUGGUAAGCGAACCGUGAGUUGGAUACGCGUUGUCUUCCUGUGGCAGAACAGCCGUUUGAAUCAUUCGUGAUAACGACGGCAUGAUGGCGUCGGAUUUCUGAGGGGUUUUGAUUCAGCGGCCGGGUUCCCCCUGUUUUUUUUGUUUCUUGUGUUGUGGCUGUGUUUCGGUCCUUGGCGGACGUAUUUCUAUGCGCGAGUGGUGAGUCACUGGCAUCAACAAUCAAGGGAAUUACACAGUCCAAAGUUGCUGUUGCGUGAGUUGGGAGAUACAUGGGGGAUAUGUGGUUGGAGACGUUCGGU